AUGUUUGAAGCAAAUUACUCUGAAGUGUCUGAAUUUGUGUUCCUGGGAAUUUCUACCUACAGGCCAGUGCAGUAUUUCCUCCUUGCCUUCUCUAUAGUGAUUUAUUUAACAAUUAUUCUAGGGAACCUCCUAGUUGCGUUUACAGUGAUCUUUGACCCUCAUUUACAUUCCCCCAUGUACUUCCUUUUAGCCAACCUUUCAUUUAUUGAUUUGUGUUUUUCUACCUUAACAGUUCCUAAGAUGAUUUCUGACUUGUACUCUGGGCACAAAACCAUAUCAUUCCAGGGGUGUGUCAUCCAGAUAUUUGUCCUUCACGUCCUGGGUGGGUCUGAGAUGGUGCUGCUCAUAGCCAUGUCUUUGGACCGCUAUGUGGCCAUAUGCAAGCCCCUUCACUACCUGACUGUCAUGAGUCCGUGCAUGUGCAUUUUGCUUCUGUCUGGUGCUUGGGUUAUUGGUCUCAUUCACUCAGUGGUCCAGUUGGCUUUUGUUGUCCAUCUGCCUUUUUGUGGUCCUAAUGAAAUAGAUAGUUUUUACUGUGAUCUUCCUUGGUUUAUCAAACUUGCCUGCAUAGACAACUACAAAAUAGAGUUCAUGGUUACUGCCAACAGUGGGUUUCUUUCCAUGGGCACCUUCUUCUUAUUGAUUAUCUCCUAUAUCUUCAUCCUGGUCACCGUAUGGAAACGCUCUUCAGGUGAUUUGUCCAAGGCCUUCUCUACUCUUUUAGCUCACAUAACUGUGGUGGUUUUGUUCUUUGGACCGUGCAUCUUUGUUUAUAUGUGGCCAUUUCCCACAGUGUCAGUGGAUAAGUUUCUUGCCAUUUUGGACUUUAUGAUAACACCCAUCCUGAAUCCUGCCAUUUACACAUUGAGAAACAAAGACAUGAAGAUGGCAAUGAAGAGACUGAGUAGCCAGCUCCUGAGUCUGAGAAAAAUCUCCUAG